AUGGAAUUAAACGAGAGAAUUUUAAAGUAUUUAGAUGAAAAUGAAAAGGCUGAUACGUUGAAGCUCGCCAAUGAAUUCAAUGAGGAUCAUCAAAAAAUAGUGGGUGCUGUGAAAAGUCUUGAAGCUUUGGACAUGGUAUUGUCUGAACCGGUGAAAAGUACGAAAUGGGAACUUACGGAAGAGGGGAAGUUAGUAGCUGAGAAGGGAAGUCAUGAAGCCGUUUUAUACCGAAGUAUUCCUGAAGAUGGAAUAUCUCAAGUUGAAGUUAUGAAGACUGUACCAAAUGCAAAAGUCGGAUUCAGCAAAGCAAUGUCAGCUGGAUGGAUAGUUUUAGAUAAAUCUGGAGGAACACCUCUUGUUAAGAAGAAAAUUGAUUCCAUAACAGACACUGUACAAAACCAUCUCAACGAGAUUAAGAAUGGCGUCGACAAUAUCCCAGAUAAAGAGAGAAGUGAUUAUAAGAAGAGAAAGUUACUUCAAGAGAUCACAUUCAAGAGUUUCAUUCUAUCAAAGGGUGUUCAGUUUGCGACAACUAUCAAGAAACUGGAAACAGAUAUAACAAGUGAAAUGCUUAUGACUGGGGCGUGGAAAGAUUUACAGUUCAAGCCUUACAACUUUGAUGCUCUCGGUCAACCGCCCGAUUCGGGUCACCUGCACCCUCUACUGAAAGUGAGAUCCGAAUUCCGUGAAAUAUUCCUAGAGAUGGGUUUCACGGAAAUGCCAACUAAUCGUUAUGUGGAGAGUUCGUUCUGGAACUUCGAUGCUCUGUUCCAACCUCAGCAACACCCGGCCCGGGACGCUCACGAUACUUUCUUCAUCUCCUCACCGGCUGUAUCAACAAAGUUUCCCAUGGACUAUUUGGAGAAAGUCAAAAAGGUUCAUAGUGAAGGAGGCUAUGGCUCUCAGGGUUACCGGUACACUUGGCGGCUGGAGGAAGCUCAGAAGAAUCUGCUCCGGACACACACGACGGCCGUCAGCGCGAGGACCUUGUACAAGCGAGCAGAUAAACACACACCCAUCAAGUGCUUCAGUAUAGAUAAGGUAUUCCGUAACGAGACCCUGGACGCGACCCACUUAGCGGAGUUCCACCAGGUGGAGGGUGUCAUCGCUGACAAGGACUUGGGUCUGGCCGACCUCAUCACGGUCUUGGACGACUUCUUCAAGCGACUCGGCUUCGAUAAACUACAGUUCAAACCCGCUUACAACCCAUACACUGAACCCAGUAUGGAGAUAUUCGCUUACCAUAAUGGUCUAGAAAAGUGGAUUGAAAUCGGAAAUUCAGGUGUUUUCCGACCAGAGAUGCUACUACCCAUGGGUUUGCCUGAAGAUGUCAAUGUAAUUGCAUGGGGCUUAUCUUUGGAAAGACCUACUAUGAUCAAAUAUGGCUUAAAUAACAUAAGAGAUCUUGUGGGACCUAAAGUGGACCUGCAAAUGGUUCAAAACAACCCUAUAUGCAGGCUCGAUAAGUGA